AUGACUCACAAUAUUGUCAUUGUUGGCGCUGGGUUUGCCGGCGUCUGGAGCGCUCUUUCAGCGAGGCGCCUCAUCUCCUCUCACGUCAACAACAAUCCAGCCGCGGCCGAUAUCCAAGUUAUUCUCAUUGCGCCUGAGCCACAGCUAGUCCUGAGACCCAGGCUCUACGAAGCGAGUCCCGAAAACUUCGUUUACCCGCUCACCGACCUCUUUAGCGCCACGGGGAUUCACUUCAUCCAAGGCACAGUUGACGCUGUCAGCGUAGAGGGAAGAAAUGUCACAGUUGUUAACCCCACAGGCGCUACGUCAACUCAGCCCUAUGAUCGUCUCAUAUUUGCCGCUGGGAGCUGCUUGGUUCGACCUCCCAUCCCCGGCCUGGAUGAGCAUGCCUUCAAUGUCGACCAACUGAGUGCCGCGGUCAAGCUGGAAAAUCACCUACAAGGCCUCAAAUCAAAGCCUUCCAGCAAGGCCCGAAACACUGUCAUUGUUUGCGGCGCAGGCUUCACCGGCAUCGAACUUGCAACAGAAAUGACAGCGCGGCUUCAAUCCAUCCUGGGCAAGGAUGCCGAUACGAAAGUCCUGCUUGUCUCGCGGGGGGAAGAGCUUGGUGAGACCCUCGGACAGGGGCCCCGCCCCGUCAUUUCCCGGGCUCUUCGUAAGUUGGGAGUAGAGACUAAACUUGGGACAACAAUCACUGCCGUCGACGCUCAUGGCGUCACGAUUGGAACCGGGGAGCGCAUUGAAGCCAUGACCACCAUCUGGACAGCCGGUGUGGCAGCCACGCAACUCUCGAAGCAGAUUUCGGGAGAGAAGGACGCACUCGGCCGCCUGCGCGUCGACCAAGAUCUUCGCCUGCCGUCGAACAAGGAGAUCUUUGUGGCAGGCGACUCGGCUUGUGCCCCAACAGGAGACCACGGCCACAACUCCCUCAUGUCGUGCCAACACGCCAUCCCAAUGGGUCGAGCAGCAGGCUAUAAUGCUGCUGCAGAUCUCCUCAAUGUACCAACUGUGCCAUACUACCAGCCGAUAUACAGCACAUGCCUUGAUCUUGGCCCAUACGGAGCGGUUCUCACCCACGGCUGGGAGCGCAGGGUGGUGGUUUCCGGGGCAGUAGCAAAGAAGAUAAAGGCCUACAUUAACGGAACUUCGAUAUACCCUCCAGAGCCAACGCAGCCGUCCAAGGCACUCGCUGCCGCGAACCCAGCGGUAAAUGAAGAAGCUGUCUACUAA